GAGCGCUCCGUCCGCUCCCGCCCGCAGCAGCCCGGCAGGUCCCCACUGUAGGUUUGGAUUAGCAGACACCUCUUCUCACUGUGAUUCUUCCGUGUGGAGCUGUGAGCCUCUGCCUGCGUCUCCCUCCCUGCGUCUCCCUCCCUGCCCAGUGGGCCUCAGAGCCAUGGCAACGGAGGAGAAGAAGCCUGAGACUGAGGCUGCCCGAGCACAGCCCACCCCUUCGUCGUCGGCCACGCAGAGCAAGCCUACACCUGUUAAACCCAACUACGCUCUAAAAUUCACCCUGGCCGGCCACACGAAAGCUGUGUCCUCUGUGAAAUUCAGCCCGAAUGGGGAGUGGCUGGCAAGCUCGUCUGCAGAUAAACUCAUUAAAAUUUGGGGUGCCUAUGAUGGAAAAUUUGAGAAAACCAUAUCUGGUCACAAGCUGGGAAUAUCAGAUGUGGCCUGGUCGUCUGACUCUAACCUCCUUGUUUCUGCCUCAGAUGAUAAAACCCUAAAGAUAUGGGAUGUGAGCUCGGGAAAGUGUCUGAAGACCCUGAAGGGACACAGCAAUUAUGUCUUUUGCUGUAACUUCAACCCUCAGUCCAACCUCAUCGUCUCAGGCUCUUUUGACGAGAGCGUGAGGAUAUGGGAUGUGAAGACAGGCAAGUGCCUCAAGACCCUGCCUGCACAUUCGGACCCCGUCUCUGCUGUUCAUUUCAAUCGUGAUGGAUCCCUGAUCGUGUCGAGCAGCUACGACGGGCUCUGUCGGAUCUGGGACACCGCCUCUGGCCAGUGCCUGAAGACGCUGAUUGAUGACGACAACCCCCCCGUGUCCUUCGUGAAGUUCUCCCCGAAUGGCAAGUACAUCCUGGCUGCUACCUUGGACAACACGCUGAAGCUCUGGGACUACAGCAAAGGGAAGUGCCUGAAGACCUACACCGGCCACAAGAACGAGAAGUACUGCAUCUUCGCCAACUUCUCCGUCACUGGGGGGAAGUGGAUCGUGUCGGGCUCAGAGGACAACCUGGUGUACAUCUGGAACCUGCAGACCAAGGAGAUCGUGCAGAAGCUGCAGGGCCACACAGAUGUCGUGAUCUCGACAGCGUGCCACCCGACGGAGAACAUCAUCGCCUCGGCCGCCCUGGAGAACGACAAGACCAUCAAGCUCUGGAAGAGUGACUGCUAGGCCCUGGUGCCGCGGGCUGUCGGCGUGGACCCGGACUGGCACGGGCGAGGUGUCUCGGGUCCCCUGGCCCGGGCCUGGGGGUCUGGGCGGGGCCUGGACUCCAGUCGCCUCUGAAGACCAUUUGGCUGAGGGGGGAGUGUUACCACCAGAAAGUUCUAGAAGGUGACAUUUCUUGCCAAUUUCUCUCACUGUCUGGGGAAGAGUUCCUAGUCUGUAUUGUGUUCAGUCAAGAAAAAACUUAAUUUUUAUUACAAAAGGGUGAGGUGAAGUUCAGUUUAUCCAGGUUGUGUUUUUCCCAGUAAACGUUCUGUACUGUUCUCGAUGUUCCAUUGCCUGUGCAAGCGCUGCGGCCAGGUCGCCGCCCGGCCUCUGCGGGCGCCCUGGUCUGGCCAGCAGAUGCCAUCGCGACGCAGUCCCACCGCCGCCGUUCCUGCAGUAGUGCCCGUGUUACGUCUGGGGCGCAGGGCCUGCGAGCCGGUUCGUGUGCAACCCUUUGUGUUCAGAGCCCGCGUGGCGGGCACUCAGCGCUCCCUGUCUGUGCCCGCUGUUCACACCACGCGCAGCACUGCAGGCUGUGAGCGGGGUGGGCCGUGCG